AUGAAAUCCAAGAGUUUUCCGGAGCAUAUGGUGGAUCUCGAGCAAGCCUUCCGACAAAUGAGGCACUAUAACUUGAAGAUGAAUCUAGCGAAGUGCGCAUUCGGAGUGGCCUCCGGAAACUUUUUGGGUUUCAUGGUGCAUAAUAAGGGCAUUGAGGUGGAUAGUAACAAAACCAAAGCUAUCAUCAAUGCCCGACCGCCUGAGAAUCUGAAACAACUUCAAGGAUUCCUUGUGCAGGUCAAUUUUCUACGGAGAUUUGUCUCGAACGCUGCAGGCAAGCAAAAAGCUUUUUCUACACUGCUCAAGUUGCGGAAAACAGAAGAGUUCGUGUGGGAGCCGCUACACCAGCAGGCUUUCGAAGCCAUUAAAGGAGCUAUGGCCAAUCCACCAGUGUUGAUGCCGCCGCAAGCAGACAAACCUCUGCGCUUGUAUGUUCCCGCCACUGAGAAUAUGGUUGGUUGCUUACUGGCGCAUGAAGCUCCCGAUAGAAGCGAACGUGCCAGUUUUUACCUCAGUAAGGUAAUGAAUGAUGCGGAGACAAGGCACACUCCUAUAGAAAAAUUAUGUCUCGCAUUAUUUUACGCUUGUACGAAACUUGAAUAUUAUUUAGCCCCGAGAGAGACAGAAGUGGUAUGUCACAUCGAUAUUUUGAGAUAUCUGUUAGGCAGGCCAGCUUUAAGGGGAAGACAAGCAAAAUGGGCCGUAAAGCUAGCCGCGUUUGAUCUACGAUAUGUACCGAUCAAAGCUGUUAAGGGACAGGUUGUUGCUAACUUUCUAGCAGAUCAUCCGAGUCCGGUGGCUGACCAAUCAGCUAAUCGCAUGGAAGCUGUUAUUAGUCCGAUGCCUUGGAUCUUGAAGUUCGACGGGUCCAGCACGCAGACUAAGGCUGGGGCUGGGGUAUUCAUUGAGAGUCCCUGGGGACAAAAAUGGACUGUUGCCAGGUCAUUAACACCCGGAUUCACUAACAAUCAAGCGGAAUACGAAGCCUUAUUAGUUGGAUUGAGAAUCCUACAUAAAAAGGGGGCUAAGGCGAUCAGAGUUCAAGGCGACUCACAGCUAAUCUUGAAGCAGAUUACUGGAGAGUUCCAAUGCAAAGAUGAGAGGAUGAGAAAUCUUCGAAUGGAAGCAUUUAGGAUGUUGCAAACUUUCGACGACGCAGUGGUGGAAUUAAUACCUCGAGCCGAAAACAGAAUAGCUAAUGAUUUGGCUCAAGAAGCAUCUGGGUACAAGUCAUCAGCCGCAGGAAACUUCAAAUCAGGUCGAGUACAUCUGUACCCAGUGGAUGCGGAAGACUGGCGUAUGGAACUGAGGAAAUAUUUGGAACAACCAACCGAUGAAACUCCGGAAAAGCUGCGGAAAGAGGCUCUGAAGUAUACUCUGACUGACGGAGAUCUUUUCCGCAGAGCCGCCGAUGGAAUGUUAAUGAGAUGCGUAGAUAAUCAAGAAGCCAUGAAGGUGAUGGGUGAGGUGCAUGAAGGAAUUUGUGGAGCACACAAAUCCGGGCCAGUCAUGAGAUGGACGAUCCGACGAUAUGGGUAUUUCUGGCCAUCAAUGAUGGAGGAUUGUAUUAAGUACGCUAAAAAAUGUGAAGCAUGUCAGCGACAUGGUCCUUCGAUCCGAAUUCCGGCGGAAGAAAUGCACGCAGUGGUGAAACCAUGGCCAUUCCGGGGAUGGGCGGUGGAUAUCAUCGGGAAGAUCCACCCGCCAUCUUCCAGACGCCAGUCGUUCAUAUUGUUGGCCACAGAUUAUUUCACAAAGUGGAUAGAAGCUGUGCCGUUGGCUAAUGUGACAUAUCAGGAGGUGAUCAAGUUCGUUAAAGUUAAAGAGCACAUUAUUCACCGAUAUGGAAUCCCGCAGACGAUCACCGCCGAUCAAGGUACUGUUUUUACCAGCGAUAGAGUGGCCGCCUUCGCCGCACAGCAAUACCAAAAUAAAGCCAUUGGUUUCACUCCAUUCCAACUGGUUUAUGGACAAGAAGCGAUAUUGCCGUUGGAAAUCACGGUGCCAUCGUUACGAGUGUUAAAGCAAAAUUCGCUUAGUCCCGAGCAGUACGACACAGUGAUGUUACAAAGAUUGGAUGACGUGCACGAGGAUCAAAUGAUGGCUUUGGAGAAUAUCAGGGCAAAUAAAGUGAAAGUAGCACGAGCUUACAACAAAAAGGUACGUCGGCGAACAUUCCAAGAAGGAGAUUUGGUAUGGAAGGCAUUGCUACCCGAAGGAUUCAAAGAUAAUACAUUCGGGAAGUGGUCUCCUACGUGGGAAGGUCCGUACCAAGUAAGUAGAGUGCUGCCUAACGGUGCUUAUAGAUUGAUGAGUAUUGAUGGGAUAGAACAUAGAAACGUUAUCAACGUUAAGCACCUUAAAGGAUAUAUGUCACCACUCGAGUUCAGAUAA